AAAUUGCGGAGUGAUAUCUGUUUUCAGUCCGAUAUGGACGUGGUAGUGGUUGUGGCGCUAUCUGUUCAUGAUUUUUUUGUUCAUCUGCUGAGUUUUAGUUUUGAUUGUGUUGAUCCGUUGCUGUGGUUAUUGAGUCCGGAGUUUGCGGUUGGAUGUUUUUGGUUAUUUUUUACUUUCUGAAUUGUUUGUUAUCGACUGAGAUAUGCGGUUUUUCGGCAUGUUGUUUUGACGAACUAUAGGCGUUUUGUUUGAUAUAAACUGCUGACUUUCUUUGCAACUUCUGCCACUUGUCCUCUUCUUCAACGCCCUUGAUCCUUACGUUACUGCUUGAUUGUCCUCAUUUCAUUCUCAUUUUUCGGGGAUGGGAUAAGAUUUUGAUCGACUCCGAGUUUCUCGAUCUAAAAGCAGCUGGUCAUCUUCUUUUUUCAUUUAAAGCGAAGAGUUACAGUCGGCGUGAAUAUGAAUUCAUGUAGACUCUCAAGUCUAUCUCUGUUUCUGGUCAUAAAGGAUAGUUUAGUUUUGCUUUAGAAAUGGAGAAAUUUGCUGGAAAUUCUUGGGGGAAGAUUAUACUCGAAUGAAUCAAACGUGGCGUUUCUUACACGCAGAGUUUCCAAUCUUAGUGUUAAGGGAUAUCAUGAAUGAACGAUUUUCUGGAAUGUUUCGCCAGAACUUUAAAUUCUGUGGACCGUAAAAUCCUGUUUUGUUUGAACAGUGCUUAGAUAAGAGAUCAAUCCAUCCACCACCAAGUGGUUUCAAGCCAACGAUAGUGAGGUUAUUUCAAUGAUGAACACCAUGGGAAUCUUUGAAGAUAUUGGCUUUUGCCAAAAUCUUGAAUAUUUUUCGGCUCCUUCUGGGGAACAAGAGAUGGGUCGGGAGCAUGAAGCAGAGGCUACUUUGGAGGAAGAUUAUAGCGAUGAAGAGCUGGAUGUUGAUGAGCUUGAGAGAAGGAUGUGGCGUGAUCGGAUGCUUUUGAGGCGACUCAAAGAACAAAGCAAAGAGAAGGAAGGGGAUGAUAAUUCAAAGCAGCGUCAAUCCCAGGAGCAAGCCCGAAGGAAGAAGAUGUCUCGGGCUCAAGACGGUAUCCUGAAAUAUAUGUUGAAAAUGAUGGAGGUUUGUAAAGCUCAAGGUUUCGUUUAUGGGAUCAUUCCUGAGAAAGGAAAGCCAGUGAGUGGAGCUUCUGAUAAUCUUCGUGCCUGGUGGAAAGAACGAGUCAGAUUCGAUAGAAAUGGCCCAGCAGCCAUUACCAAAUAUCAGGCUGAUCAUGCAAUUCCUGGGAUCAAUGAUGACUGCAAUACAGUGACAUCCACUCCCCACACUUUACAAGAGCUCCAAGAUACAACCCUUGGAUCACUUUUGUCUGCUCUGAUGCAGCACUGUGAUCCACCCCAGCGUCGUUUUCCACUGGAGAAGGGCGUUUCCCCACCGUGGUGGCCUACUGGAAACGAGGAAUGGUGGCCUGAAUUGGGAUUACCAAAGGACCAGGGGCCUCCCCCUUAUAAGAAGCCCCAUGAUCUGAAGAAGGUUUGGAAAGUUAGCGUUCUCACUGCUGUGAUUAAGCACAUGUCGCCCGACAUUGCCAAGAUUCGCAAGCUUGUUCGUCAGUCUAAAUGUUUGCAAGACAAGAUGACUGCAAAAGAGAGUGCUACAUGGCUGGCCAUUGUAAACCAGGAAGAAGCCUUGGCCAGGACAUUGUUUCCUGAUAGAUGCCCACCUGUGUCGAUCUGUGGGAGCGGAUCUCUUUUAAUCAGUGACAGUAGCGAUUACGAUGUUGAAGUAGUGGAAGACGAACCAAAUGUCGAAACAGAGGAAAGGAAGCCUCAUGAUCUCAAUUUCUUUAAUAUGGGGGCUCCUGGACCUAGAGAGAGGCCAAUGAUGCCACCAUUGGGACCUCAGAUAAAGGAAGAACUCAUGGAGAACAGUUCAAACUUUAUUCAAAAGAGGACUCUGAUUACUGAUGAGUCAAAUACAAUGAUGCCUCAGAAGAUAUAUACUUGUGAAUAUUCUCAAUGCCCAUAUAACAGCUUGUGCCUCGGGUUUCUCGACAGGACUUCGAGAAACAACCACCAGUUGAACUGCCCAUUUAGGAGUGAUUCUUCCCCAAUAUUUGGCAUCCCAAACUUUCUAACUAACGAUGAUAAAUCAUCUCCAGUUCUUCCCUCCUUUAACCAUUCCAAGCCUCCUACCCGGCCUAUGAACCCAACUCCACCCCUCAGAGUAUCAGGCCUUGGACUUCCAGACGACGACCAGAAAAUGAUCACUGACCUUCUAAGUUUCUACGAUUCUAACCAUCAACAGGACAAGAUUUUGAAUUCCGGGAACGUCGAAGCAAGAGCCGAUCACAACCAACAGCUGCCAAAAUUCCAACUCCAAGUUGAUGAUAACUUGUAUUGCCAAGGAGCAAUGGUGGGGGGAAGUAGCAUGCCAAUGCAGCUCCCUGAUUUCUCUUCCACAAAAGUCCCAUUUGACGAAUACAAGACGUUCGAUUCUCCUUUCGGCAUGUAUCCUAACGAUAACAUUCCCGACUUCAGAUUUGGUUCUCCGUUUAACUUGGCAUCAAUCGAUUACCCAGUAGACCCACCAUUGCCAAAGCAAGAUACACAAUUGUGGUACCUUUGAGUCGAAAAUACUUCAAGCUCGGAUGAUCGGAAGUAAGCCCAAAGGCCAGCCAUCUUCAUGCCAUUAAGAAGGUGCAUUUUCUUCCCAUCUAUAUGCUAGUUGUUUAAUAUAUAUAUAUACAUACAUACAUAUAUAUACGCUUCUGUGUGAGCAUGUACUUAGAUGUUCUACAGCUACAAUCUUUAAGGCUUUUUUUUACAUAUAAUGUAGGAUAUAAUGCUACUGAGUGUAGUAGUAAAGUUAAAAAAAAAGGUCACUAAUUCAGGAAUCUUAAGCUCUCAAUUAAUACUGUAUUUCUGGGAACUUUUAGUCGUGAAUGAAAGUAGCUGUUGCUUUUAUAAUGUUUAUAAUUUUGGAUACUUUCUUAAACCAAUUGAUGGAAUAUUAUUUUA